UGCGCACAGACUGGUGAGCUGUUGUGGGGUCUACACAGUGUUUGCUAUUUUGGCAGGGCUGGGAGCUGGCAGCUGGUCUCUGGGGUUGGGAGGAGACAGUCAGAGGGAACUGAUGGGUCUCCUGCCCCACAGGUGUCCCUCGCACUGUCCUGCUGGAAGCUGUGAAGGCCCAACCCGGCCAGCGAUGCUGAUCCUGAGCUGUGCCUCCAAGCUGCGGCUGCUGGAGGGGAUGCUACGGCGGGGCCUGCCUGACACGCUGCCGGUCUACGGCACGGUGAUGCAUGUGAACCGCGGGAACCCGGCUGGCCAGGAGGUGCUGGUGGAUUCAUGGCCAGAGUUCAAAAUGGUCCUCACCCGGCCACGCAGAGAAGUGGCGUGGGACCCAAGUGAUUAUUUCACCAACUUGUACACGGCCUUUUACCGGGACGAGGGCGCCUGCCGGGCCCUGCUGGGGAACAGCCGCACCAUCGACUGGGACCAGGCCUUCCAGAUACUGGGGCUGCAGGACGGGGUAUACGAGAACAUCAGGGACAUCGCCAGGGCCAGGGGGCUUGAGAUGGAGACGUAUCGGCAGCAGCUACUACUGCACCCAGACCCGCCUGCCAUGCCCCAGUACCGGCCUGAGAAGGGGCUCAGGCUGGCGCCCGUGUCCCCCGCCCACGCCAUGCUGCUCAGAGACACCUGGAUGUUUGGGGGGAACAGUUGGAGCCUGCGCUACCUGAGCCGCCUGAUCCGCCACUUCCCCAGCGCCUGCCUGCUGGACCCUGAGGGGACCCCCAUCUCCUGGUCCCUCACCGACCCGCUGGCUGCCCUGACACACGGUUACACCCUCCCGGAGCAUCGUGGCCAGCACCACCUGAGGGCCGUAGUGGGGACGCUGGCGGCACAGUUGCAUGCCCGCGGCUUCCCUGUUUACGCCUGGGUGCUGCUCCACAACGAGCCUUCGCUGCACUCCCUGCAACGCCUCGGCUUCCGCAUCCUGCCUGGAGUGUUCCACCAGCUGGUGGUGAGGCCCGGGUUCGCCCAGUCCCAGCCAGCCAGCAGUGCCAGCCCCAAAGAGACCAGAGUGAGGGCUCAGCAGGGGGUCUCUCCCGCUCCCUUCCUCAAGCGGAUUGAGAAGAGCGUAGCUGAAGUCGACAUAUCUUAG